GCGCGCGCCGACAUCCGCGGCAUUCUGCUGUCAGUCCUCAGUCCUCUGCGAGCUUUGUCCGACGACGCUCGCAUUCACGACAUCACACCCUCUCUCCUUAAUAAAAACAUGACAUAAAACCUUUUUCUAAUUCAGUUCUAAUCACACGAUAUAAUACAUUGUACUGUAAGCGUGUCAAGGACCGGUCUGUGCUAACGUUAGGGUCAACGUACAAAUCGAUCGCUAAGCUCUCCAAGUUGUGGUAACCAUGCCGGCACAAGCAGAAACCAGGAUCGUGCUUCGGGACGUUACACCAGAGAUAUCGCAGCACAUGCUGACAGACCUGGACAAGAUUCCAGGGGUGCAGCUGGGAGACUUCCUCCUACAGUUCGAGCUCGAUGAGCCGAGGGAGUCAGUGCGGGAGAUCGCCAGGAAGGAGCUCCGAGAGACUCCCGACAUUGUCAAGCCAGCUGUCGAGGAACUUAAGAGACUGCUUGAAGAGGAUAAAGACUUACACGUUCCACUCGAUAGUGAAGCCUGGCUGAUAAGAUUCCUGCGCCCUUGCAAAUUCUACCCUGAAAGCGCCCAUGAUUUGAUCAAACGUUACUACGGGUUCAAGCUGAAGCACUCAAAACACUAUGAAGGUCUGAUCCCCAGCAAGGAGACCAACGUGUUCAUCCAGAAUGUGCUGACUGUGCUGCCCACACGAGACCAAUAUGGCAGACGAGUUUUGGUGCUGGAGCUUGGCAAAAAAUGGAAGCCAAGCAAGUGUUCCCUGGACGAGGUGUUCAAGGGCUGCGUGCUGUUCCUGGAGGCGGCCAUGCUGGAGCCGGAGACGCAGAUCUGCGGCGCCGUCGUCAUCUUCGACAUGGACGGGCUCUCCAUGCAGCACGUGCUGCAGUUCACGCCCAGCUUCGCCAAUAGAAUCGUCGACUGGCUACAGGAAGCCAUACCACUUCGUAUCAAGGGGCUAUACAUAAUCAACCAGCCAUUCAUCUUCGAAAUGGUGUUCAAACUCUUCAAGCCUUUCUUGAAAGAGAAGCUUCGUUCCCGCAUCGUGUUUAUGGGCAGUGACAAGAAGAUGCUGCAUGAGUACAUCAGUCCGAAGUGCCUGCCGGAUCAGUAUGGAGGCACGUUGAACAUCCCGAGUGUGACGGGAGGACAGUGGCUGGAACUUCUCCUCAUGUGUGAUAAGGAAUUCAGUGCGAUCAACUCGUACGGAUACAAGAAGAAAUGAGAGUCGCGCAGGCACAGUGACGGACUUGUGCAAUGUGAUACUGAAUAUAUGCAUAUCGUGAUAAAGAUACUUAUAUUUAGAUAGUUAUAAGUACAAAUGAUAUUAUUAAGCCCUAGCCUUAGCCAUCUUCAUUUUUAAGUAUGUAUGGUGUAGAAUAAAGUGGAGAAUGCCACUAUGAUAUUAUAAAGAUUAAAUUGUGGAUUAUUGGGAACAUAAUGUCUAAAUGCUUAAUACGAGACUUCUGUAGAACCUUAGAAAUUAAUAAUAAAAACGGGUAACUUUGUUUACCCUUUAUUUUAUUUUUCAUAACUUUGCAGAAAAAUCAUAUUUUUAAUAAAAUGUAUAUGUAUGUUAUUCCAAUCCAAUUUGUUACUCUCACAGAUAAUGCCUGUCUAAAAUAAUAAAUUAAUCUGUGUAAGUGAAAUAUAAGAGUUUAUCCAGAUAAAUGAACUCAAUUUCAAUAGGCUGUGAAUUUUGUAAAACGUUAACAAUAUCGCCAUUCACCAUAAUAUAAUAUGAAUAUGGCAUAAAAUGAUUAAGCCCGAAUAACAUGGCGCUGCUAACUUUAAGACGUCAAAUGGUUUCAAUUAAGCCUAUUUCAAAAUAUUAUAAAUGUAUUUUAAAAAGCGAUGGACAAUAGCAUUUAUUAAUAAAAUAUAGAAUAUGUAAUUUUCAUUAUAAAGGUAUGGAGGGAGGUUAAGCUGUCAAAAAGUGGAAGAAACUAUUUUUUCACGAUGGUCUGAAAUCUUUGUAAAAUUUUGUAAGGAUUGGUCUCUUAUAUCCGUAUAUAAUAAGUCCAUGACAUGAUGUAAAAAGUAUGCAAUUUGGAGGAAAGGAUAUAUCCUAUAUUAUUAUACUUAUGAAAAAGACAGAUAUAGUUUUUAAAAUUAGGUACCUACCACUCAUGAGAUGUAUAUUUAAUGAUGAAUGGUAUUGCGUUAUAAUAACUUUUAAAAUAUAUUUGAUGGAAUAUUUUGAAAGCGCAUAAAAUAGGUACAAUUAAUUCUUAAAUUAUCUAUUAAUUAUUAUUUAUUAAGUUGUAAUGGUAGGUACCAGGAGAAAACAAUAAAAACAAUUUUGUAUUUAUAAAACUUGUUUCUUAUUUAAAAAUCACCAACC